GCUAAUACUAUUUUAUUACUGAAGAUUCACUAUCAACACUCUUACUAUGGAUUCCAAUAUCCAAGCUGCGUCAUGGCUGGAAUUCGACUUUGAAAACAAUGACUAUCUCAAGAUUUUGCGAAAUACAGCAAUCGAUGGAGGCUCGAAGGAAUCUACUGCACUUUUCGCCUAUAUUUUUGGGAAUAUUGUCCCCCUGGGGCCUUCGUGCAGUUUAUCCUGAGAGCACUAUCCAGACCCGAACCAAGGAGAUCUCACUGGCUUGGUGGCUACAAAGCUUUUCGAUGGGGUCCUUGGCGUUGGGGGCUGGAAUCCGAUGGCUAGAUUCACAAGGCCACCAGGAUUCCUCCAUAUAUUCCUUUCGGUGGGAGUAAAAUGGCUCGCUCAUGAUUCCGACAUAGUCGCGGCUGAGCAGCAACUUUAUGUGGCUUGCGAAAAGUAUGAUCAGAUCUAUGGACGAGAAGAAAUGUGGGGUAUCACUCACUCUGGUUCCAAGUUUCGAAUUUGGGCAUACCAGAAGGGGAGACCGACUCUAGUAGCAUUCUUCCCUGUCGUGAGGCCUGAGGAAGAAGAAGAGGUUUUUGGGAAAGAGGAGGCUUAUCUUGACCUUGUGGAUUCUGGGCCCCAAUUCAAACGCUGCUGGGAAUAUAUGAUAAAGAAUCCUCAACCCGACACCGGAUUGUUCAACGCGCAUCACGAUUGGGUCAAGGGAAACGGUUCAAACGAGUGUCCUGCUAUCUGUGUGCGCCCCGGAUUCUGCUGACCUAUGUCCCGAUCUUUAUCGUCAAGAUAAGCUUCAUUGCGAAAAGCGGGAAAUCCUAGAUUUCCUUCAUACCCAACGGGUAUAAAUUUACUUUCUUACACUCAUUUGGGAACUUUAUUCAGCUACUGUUACGUCCGCCUUUUAUCAUAAAAUUUAUCACAACAAUCGGGAAACCAUAGUUUCACGUCAUACCUGAUGGGUAUAAAUUUACAUUCUUACAUUCAUUCAGAAGACUUACUCAGCUACUAUUAUGUCCUAGCUCUUAUAGGAGGCAUAAAGCUCGUCAAGAAACAGAAAGUCGCAACAUUUCUCUAUACCGAAGGGUAUAAAUUCAAUCUUCACACUCAUUUCGAAAACCUAGAUAGCUAGUCAUUAAAACAAUAUCAAGAUUGGAUU